GUGGUCAGUAUCGGAAUCGGAUUGUUUUUAAGCGCGUCGCGGCAUCUGCGUUGAUUACAUAGCUGGGAAUUCGACUCAUUCUUAUUUUUGAGUGUUAGAUUGGUAAAUUAAAACAUUAUCAAUAUUCUAAUAAAUAGGAUAACAGUGACAAUACCAUAGUGUAAGUACCCAUACCUACUGAUCAUGGCUGGACCUGUGCAAGACGUUGUGGAGGAAGAUGCAGCAGACCUACUGUUUCCGAAAGAAUUUGAGAAUGCAGAAACAUUGUUGAUAUCAGAAGUUGACAUGUUGCUAGAACAUAGGAAAGCACAGAAUGAGUCUGCUGAAGAGGAACAAGAAUUCUCAGAGGUUUUCAUGAAGACGCUCACUUACACCAACAUGUUCAAAAAGUUUAAAAACAAAGAAACUAUAGCUGCAGUUAGAAAUCUCCUUCAAUCCAAGAAGCUACAUAAAUUUGAAGUAGCAAGCUUAGCAAACCUUUGUCCGGAGACACCAGAAGAAGCUAAGGCACUCAUACCAUCACUAGAAGGAAGAUUUGAAGAUGAAGAACUAAGAAUAUUGUUAGAUGAUAUACAAACUAAGAGAAGUUUACAAUACUAGUGGAAUUAUAUUAAUAUUAAUUAUGAA